AUGAACCAUGCCUUUCAAGAAUUCGGAAAUCUUGUCUUCCCACACCAUGGCACUUUCUCAGUUCUGUCCUCACUAGGUGUCUCUUCGGAUAAGUUGGUGGACACAGUCGCGUCAACCACCCCUAUCUCAUCUGCAGUCGUCUCUGAUGAUAAUCAUGGAGCAGAUUUAGAGGAACCCAUAUCUCUUCCUAAAUCUGGUAUAACCUCUAAGCCAUCCUCUUUCUUAGAUUCCUUGUUUCAAGCUCCAUCUGAUUAUGAUGAACCAUUCUCUUUAGCUCCAGUUUCACCAGCACGAGUUCAGUCAGUUCUAGAAAGUCCAAGCCAUAGUGUCUCCUUGGAUUAUGACUCACUUGAGGAUGAUAACCAAGAUGAUGAUAAACAAUCUGAACCAGAAAACCUUCUUCAAGGUUCUCCUGUACACAAUAAUCUCGAUGAGGAUGCUCUAAUGGAAGCGGUGGUCAAAGAACCCUAA